AAGAGCGGGUGACAUGAAGAUACGUGUCUAGUUUGGUCAUCAUAUCUCCCGCCCAUCAAAACCCUUCCGCCUUGUAUAAAUAUAGAGGUACAUAACAUGUUUUUCAAUACAACAAACACUAGCUACCACCCAAACAAGCUUCCUUAUCACAUUGUCUCAAUAUUAACGUUGUACAUCUUAACUUAGCCAAAACAGAAAAGAGAAAGUUGUACCACAUACAUACAAGGUUUUAAUACAUUAAUUUAUCAAUCACUUGCUAGUUAACAUGAACUAUGAGGAAACUGAGCUUACUCUAGGGUUGCCUGGACGAGGCACGAAGCGUUUGCUUUCCGGGGAGGCGACAACCAAAGGCGACAAGCCUAUGGUGGUGGGAUGGCCGCCGGUAAAGGAGCAUCGGAAGGGUAUUACAAUGAGUCGGAGAUACGUGAAAGUGGCGGUGGAUGGAGCUCCUUAUUUGAGAAAAGUUGAUUUACAAAGUUAUGGUAACUACGAUGAGUUGCUGAGUGCGUUACAGGAGUUGUUUGGCUGUUUUACUGAGAGUGAUGAGAAGAAGCUCGUGGAUUGUGUUAAUGGGACACUUGAAUAUGUACCGACUUAUGAAGAUAAAGAUGGUGACUGGAUGCUUCUUGGUGAUGUUCCAUGGAAAAUGUUUGCUCAGUCGUGCAAGAGGCUAAGGUUGAUGACGAGAACACCUUCAAUAUGCUAAGUUCAAAUUGAUGGAUAUCAUUAUGUAAAGGGGAGAGAGUUUUCUCUCUUCUUUUAAACCAGAAAGAACUGUAGAUUGAUAAAGAACAAUAUAUAGCAUACAUGUAUGGUUCAGAUUCUACACCUUAUACAGCUAGCUCUAGUUGGUGAUACAUACAAGUAGAAUCUAUUGUAAUGGGGAUUAACUGCAUUUUUGGAUCGUGCAUGUUGCUGUACUGCUAUAUUCAGCAAUAUAUUUACUAUGCACAUAUUUGAUAGUACUAC